CCAAAGGCUUUUCCUCCUGAAGGGGCGCAAAGGUUAAUGUAGCCUCACUGCCCCCUUCCUCUCCUCGCCCCCAAGCCCAGCCUGAAGCCAUCACAACUCUGCCUUCAUGGGCCAGAUUCCCAGCCCACAGCCCAGGACUGUGCACGUUCUUUCUCCCGUUUUAGGGUCCUGCCUAUUCCACCUGCCCUACCCUGUAAAUCCCUGGUUUGGCUCAUAGCUCAGCAGAUGCUGGAGGAGACAGACCAGGCUGGGCGCCUCUCUGUCUGCCAGCUGUCCUCUCCCACCAGCUUCCUGGAGGCCUCCCUCCCAAACUUCCCCUUUCCCCUCAUUUCCUCCUCCUCUGAGUUCCAGGCCUCACUUCCCCAUCAGCUUCUGCUGACACUAGCACCCAGGAAGAAGGGGGAACUGGGUGUAGAAAAGAGAUGAGAAAACAACGUUCUCCUUAAUUCCUCUUAAGGGGAGCCCAGUGUGGGUGUGAAAGAAAUAUUUCGAUAAGCCACCAAAGGAGUGGGGGAAGGUCAGUAAGACCCCAGGGGGCAUUUAUUCUCAGGAACAAAGAAUCUCUGAACAGGUCUGGAGGUUCAGGUGACUGAGGCCCAGGUUUCACAAGUCUGGACAUGCAGGUUUGGAUAGGGAGCUGAGGAAAGGCUGACUGAAUUUUUCUGCACUGUGGAUGGGAGAAGAACCUGAAGUUGCUGGCAGAUCUGGGAGGGUGGCAAGAUGGGUGCAGGGUCUGGAAAGGGAGAGGUACUUCACUUCCCACCUGUCAGCUCCAGAGAGGCGCUUGGAAAUAUGGAAGUGUCUGACAAAGCAGUCUUUGUUUGCUUUAGGAUGUGCAAUGUAAUCCCCUCCUCUUAUCUCCUUUGGAAUUUUCAGUAAAAUCUACAGAGCUCCGGCAUUUGAGAAUUUCAGUAGAUUCUCUGGGGGAAUUCCCUGGUGGUCCAGUGGUUAGGACUGUGGCGCUAUCGCUGCCGAGGGCCCGGGUUCAGUCCCUGGUGGGGGAACUAAAAUCCCACAAGCUGCAUGACACGGCCAAAAAAAAAAAAAAGAUUCUUUGGAGGCCAGUGGUGCUGAAAGAUAUAGCAGUGGUGGAUACAAGAGCCAGGGGGUGAGGCCAACUUAGGGGUGGGACGCUGCUGGUCACUGUGGGCUCAACAGAGUGGGGAGUAGCCUCUGAUAAAUGUCUUCCCUAGGCACACUCUUUAUCCCCUUUGCUGUUCUUUUUGGCUAGUGGCGUCUAGGGGAGGCCAGGACAGUGCGUCCCCCUCACUGAGACACUUUUGUCUAAGCUCCCUGCCCCAAGUUCCAUCCACUCUGCCCCAGCACUGAUGAGCACACCUCUCCUUCUCUCCCCCGCGCCCCCAACCUAUUUCCCCUUUUGCAGCUGGGAGUUUUCAUUUCUCACUGCCCUCUCCCUGACCCACAUGAUUGGGGGAGAUGCUGAUGGGGACUCUGGCCUCUUGAGUUCCCUUUAUCACAGCUUCCUCUCCCCCUGAGGAGAAAGCUGCAACCCUGCCCUCCCGAUGGUCUUGGUGCCUAGUGGAGGGAAUCUUUUUUUUUAUUCAUACAUUCAUUCAACAAAUAUUUAUUGAGUGCUUACUAUAUGCCAGGCACCUUUCUAGGGCCAAUGAACCAAAUAAGUGUAAAAUCUUGUCCUCGUGGACAAUCUAAUUGGGGGAGACAGACAAUAAAAAUAAACAAGUAUAUUAAAGGUGGUAGGUGCCUAUGGAGAACAAAAUAGGGAAGGAGAUAGGAAGGGCUGCGCGGACUGCAGAUUUAAAUAGGGUGCUUAGGGAGGCUUCUCUGCGAAAGUGAUAUUUGAGCAAAGAUUUCAAGGAGGUGAGGAAACAAGCCACGUGGAUAUAUUGGAGGGGAGCAUUUCAAGCAGCGGGAACAGCAAACGCAAAGUCCUAAGGAACACCCUUCGACAUGGCCCGGAUGCUGUUCCUCAUCUUCAUCACGGUCCAUCCAGGAUCCUGUGCUCUCUGGGUGUCCCAGCCCCCUGAGAUCAGUACCCAGGAGGGCACCCCUGCCUUCCUGCCCUGUUCCUUCAAUGCCAGCCAAGGGAAAUUGGCCAUUGGUUCUGUCACGUGGUACCAGGACAAAGUGGCCCCAGGGAAGGAGGUGAGGAAUGAGACCGCAGAGUUCAGGGGCCGCCUGGCCCCUCUUCCGUCUUCCCGUUUCCUCUGUGACCACCAGGCUGAGCUGCACAUCUGGGACACCCGAGCCCGUGACGCCGGAGUCUACGUGUGCAGGGUGGAGGUGCUGGGCCUGGGUGUCGGAACAGGGAACGGGACUCUGCUGGUGGUGGAGAAAGGACCUCCUCAGCUAGCUGCCGGCACAGUCUUCCUCCUUCGGGCUGGGUUCUAUGCCUUCAGCUUUCUCUCAGUGGCCAUGGGCAGCACCAUCUAUUACCAGGGCAAAUGCCACUGUCACAUGGGAACACACUGCCACUCCUUGGAUGGCCUCUGAUGAGUGAUUUCAGACCCCAGUGACUCCAAGUUCUUCAAGAUACCCCCCAAUAAAUCCCUCUCUGCCCCACCAUUAACUCCUUUUGUGUAUUUCUUGCUCUAGAUGACCCAAUGUGCCCUGUUCUGGGUUCUCCCAACUCUUACUCUGCCUUCUACCAAGUCUGGUCUGGAAAGGUCCAAGGAGGGAGCUUCCCAGGACUGUGCCUAGAGUCCCCUCCCACCAUCAUCCUGAGACUCAACACACCUCCUUCUCCCCCCCAGGAGGCUAAGGCCUUUGUCCUGAGAAAAGUGGACUAUUAGACAUGAUUAGCUCUACUUCUCAGUGGCCCACAGACAAAUGCUCUUUUCUGGCCUUCAGGGUAGCCUGGGUCCCUAAACACCCUUCUU